AUGUCACCAAGAAGAGUGGAAAUUAUAACGCCAAGGAGGGUUAGGUUUCAUUUUGGAAGAAUUAGGGCGUCAAAGGUGGAGUCUUAUGGGAGCUCUUCUGAUUUUGUUGAACGCAUGGAACGUGCCUGGUUGAUUUCUCAGCAACCAAGGCCUGUUGCUUGUUCCUCUUGUGAGUCAAAUGGGAAUGUCGAAUGCAAAUGGUGCAGUGGAACUGGUUUCUUUAUUAUCGGCGAUAACAUGCUGUGUCAAGUCCCUUCAAGAAACACAACUUGUGUUAUCUGUGCAGGAAAGGGUUCUGUAUGCUGUCCUGACUGCAAAGGAACUGGCUUCCGUGCGAAAUGGCUUGGGGAACCUCCAGUUGCCAAAUAA